UGCCACAAAACUAUACAUUUGUCAAAAUGUUGCAAAUACAUUACAUGCAAAUGUUUAGUGUUUAUAAUUUCUGUUUAUCGUAUCUUCAUAGCAAAAAAACGAAGUCCAUUAACGUCACGAAAUUUGUUCUACGCAUCUGUUAAAAAUAGUCAAGAGUCAAUCACAAGAUUCCUCGUGACUGGCUAGGAAUAUUGGCAAGUGUGCAAUUUUUCUUGUAUACUCAGAAAGUACCGAAAGAUCGUUGCAUAUCUAUGGAGUAUAAUGGUCCUAGCGAGAAUAUUUUGUGAAUAGAUCACCGAUUGCAUGAUCUUCAAUUCUGUACUGUCAAAAGAAGCAGUUCAAUUAACUUUUCUAUACACAAAAAAAGAGUAUGACGCAAUAAUCCUAAUAUAUUAGCGGGUCGUUUAAACGUAGUGUCAUCCUGAUAAAUUUAUUACGGCUCCACUUUAAAACUACUGCGCUGUCAUCUGAUUUGAAAAGUGUCUAGGGGCGAGGAGACUUCGUUUCUUUAGUUAGAAUCUUGCUACAGACGAUCGUCUAAAGGAAUUAUAAAUAUCAAAUAUGUUUGCAGCAGUAACAACAUUUAAGGAAGUAACACACACCAACUAAAAUGAGUUCCUUUUUGGCUCAUAGAUUACGCAUUGCUGCAGGUUCAGCAGCUCGUAAUCAUGUUGUUCUAUUUGCUCGGCAGCAGCAAUCAUAUGCUGCUUUAAAUUCAGCUAGUGACAUUCAGCAAACUUCAAAUGAGGUGGUACCAGUAUUUAAAAAUGCAGUACGCUUUGGUGAUAGAACAGCGCUGCGUGAUGCACAUGGUGAUUACACCUACCGUGGCUUGUUUCUUAGCUCACGACAAUUUGCUACUCAGUUGUCAGAGAUACUUGGAGAUUCACGUCAGGAGAGAGUAGCAUUCUUAGUACCAAAUGAUGCAAAUUAUGUUAUAACACAAUGGGCAUGCUGGAUGAGUGGUCAAAUUGCUGUACCACUAAGUUCUUUACAUCCAACUCCAAUUCUUGAUUAUUAUAUUAAAGAUUCUGAUGCACGAAUUAUUGUUACUACCACAGAGCAUUUACCCUUACUAGAACCUAUUGUGGCAAAGACAAACCGACGCUUAAUAGUGCUUGACGAUGCUCUCCGCAUUCUUGCUAUGAAAGCUGGAAAAACUGCUAACAAUAAGAGCACUACUGAAUAUGAUGUAGAGAAUACUCUAGAUGCUGGGAUAAAGGGCGAUUUUUAUAAUAAAAGUGAUGCCCUGUUCAUCUAUACUUCUGGUACAACAGGAAAACCUAAAGGAGUGGUACUCAGUCAUCGAAACUUGCAAUCACAAAUAAAUGCACUAGUAUCUGCAUGGAAAUGGACAGAGAAGGAUACCCUUCUGCACACUUUACCGCUGCAUCAUAUACAUGGUAUUGUAAAUGCCCUUUUGUGUCCAUUGUACGUUGGAGCACGCUGUGUCAUGUUACAAAAAUUCGAGACGUCUAGUGUUUGGGGUCAGCUGCUAGCGGUAAAUACGCAAAACACAGAAAGAGUGAAUAUGUACAUGGCUGUUCCAACAAGUUACAUGAAACUUAUUCAAGAAUACGAUCAACUGUUUAAUAAGAAUGCUAAAAUGAAGGAAUAUAUACAUGCAGUAUGUAGCACUAAGAUCAGGUUAAUGAUCAGUGGAUCUGCGCCUCUUCCUAAGCCUAUUUUCGAUAGAUGGGAGGAAAUAACUGGACAUCGUCUAUUGGAAAGGUAUGGCAUGAGCGAAACCGGUAUGAUGCUCUCCAAUCCUCUUGAAGGUCAACGUGUUCCAGGCACCGUCGGCACUCCGCUUCCUGGCGUACAAGUGCGAAUCACAAGAACCGAACAUGGUAGUUUGGAACCAAAAGUUCUUGUGCAAGGGAAUGUUAAAGAGUCACGAAAACUAGUCAAUGAGAAAGAACCAAUCGCCGGGGAUUUGGAAGUAAAAGGUGACAAUGUUUUCAAAAAGUACUGGAACAAUCCUGGAGCCACCGCAAAAGAAUUUACUAGCGACGGAUGGUUCAAAACUGGUGACACCGUGCAGUAUAACAAUGGUGUGUAUAAAAUUCUCGGUCGCAGUUCUGUGGACAUUAUUAAAACUGGCGGGUACAAAGUCAGCGCCCUAGACGUGGAGACAGUGAUUCUUGGACAUCCUAACGUUCAGGAUUGCGCAGUCGUUGGUCUACCUGAUAUCACUUGGGGACAAAAGGUCGCAGCGAUCGUUGUAGUGAAGGAAGGAUCCGAAUUGAUAUUAUCCCAGUUACGGGAAUAUUCAAAAAAAUCUUUACCCGAGUAUGCUACUCCCACCGUGUUGAAGAUAGUGGAUAAAAUUCCCAAAAAUAACAUGGGAAAAGUCAACAAACCAAACCUUCUCGAUACCGUAUUCCCAAAAACUAUGGUCUAAAUUUAUAUACUCUCACGCUGUUAAUGACAAAAUAAAGGCAAAGACCAUAAAAUAAUUUCAA